UCUCAUAUAAAACGCAAAAGCAUUAAAAGCAAAAAAACAAAAAUGGGAAAAAUGAAAGCAAAUUUAAAAUAUAUUUCCAAAAUAUAUAGAACAUAACUAUGAAAACAUAAAAACCGUUUUUUCUUUAAGCAACCAAAUUUGUUGUCAACUGGAAACUUUUAGCUUUGAUUGGCACUUGACACACAUUAUUGCAUUUUGGGUUUGACUGAUUGUACGAUAUGAACCCUGCAAUGUUCCAGUUAUCAAUAAAUGGUGUCGAAGUUAAUGGACAUAACUAACUCAAAGAAAAUUCCCACCAUAAAUUACUCAACGGGAAGUGUUCAAGUGAAUCAUAAACUGUGCUUAGAUUUCACCAACGAUAGAAACCCACUCAAUGACAACUCGCGCCAUCCAUUUGCAUUAAUGAUUUGCACAAAUCCCACCCAAAAAAAGGAGAUUGGUCACUGCCCACACUAGUAGCAGGUCGCCUUGAAAGACGGUGAAAUUCUCACGUAUUUCUUAUCAACCACAAUGCAGACAGAUUGUGGAAAUAACUGAAAUAAAACAGCAAAUAGUAAUUGCCCGUCGAGGGGGAAAUGGGGGAGAACAGGUACAAGGCAAGUACAAGCGAUCUAGGCGAUUGUUUGAACUAUUGAUAAAUGUUAAACAUAAGCAAGGGUCGCCCCUUGGCACGCGUCCAGUGUUUCCGAGUCCGUCCAACGGUUAACAGCUCCUAAAAUUAUCGAAUCAAGAGCGCGACUUAUUAAACGCAAAUUAACAGCAGCCAUUAAAAGACAUUCGCGAACAGCGGAAAGCAAUUAGGAAAUCAAAUCAGCAAUAUGUCACAGUUGUACGAACUCUCGGAGGUGGCCCAGCAGAACGGCAAGAAUGGCAAACCCUGCUGGCUGAUCAUCAAGGGGAACGUGUACGAUGUAACCAAGUUCCUCGGCGAGCAUCCUGGCGGCAGUGAAGCACUACUCGAAUAUGGCGGCAAGGAUGCCACCAAGGCCUUCAAGCAGGCAGGCCAUUCCUCCGACGCAGAAAAGGAUCUAAAGAACUACAAAAUCGGAGAAAUCAACUCAGCUGCACCCAUUCAAGUGCAGCCAACGUCCAAUGGUGCAGCAAAGCCGACGGCAAACACAAUAUCCGAAGAUCCCGAACCCGCGAAGAAUAGCUCCUCCGGUUUCUGUUGCUGCUAGUCAUAGGUUUACAUGUCAUUUGAUUGAUUUAUUAACAUAGGAUGAGGUCGUAGUUAGUUUAUCAUAGUUAAAUUGUAAAUAGUUCUAGGUUUAUCUCAUAAUAGCUACAUCUUCAUGUCCACAAAGCUAUCUUAAAAAAGAUCAACUCUUCUUAAACGAUCUGAAUAAAUUGCAAACAAAGCCGGCGGAGCUGCUCCACCAAUUUCAAAAAAAUU